AUUGUUACCAUGUCUUCACAGGAACCUGAAGGUCGAAAAUAAAGGCAAUGAAACCAGCUUUGAGAUUUAUUCUUCUCCUGGUCUUCGUUUUUUUAGAUGAUUGCCAAGUGACGGGACGUUGUGUUGGUGAUUUUGCUAAUGAGGUCACUACCAACUGGGCAGCUUGUCUGGUGGCUGAGAAUAACGAGGAAGAUGGAAAUUGUCCUCAUGGCUUUCCUAAAAUUGAAAAUGUGUAUUGUGGGCGAGGCUGGGGGCAUACUCGAGAGCCUGCUUUUAAAAACUUGGUUUGCUGCGUUGUUUCACCAGUCAUCGACCUUAAGAUCAAACAGUCUCCGUGUGUGGCAGGCAGUCAUCCAAGUAACGACAAGAUAAAAAAGAAAAGUCACGGUCAUCAUUAACGUCUCGACAAGAAGAAUCCGUUUUUCAGCUUGUGUUCCCACCAGUAUAGAUAGACUAGAAAAUUCCUUCGCGGAAUCGAGUGCAAAGCAAAAGUAAUCAAUUAUGGCGAAUAAAAAGUUAUGUUUUGUAAAAAGCCUUAAAUGUAUAUGUGCAUCUGAGAUUUUACUUUGCAGCUGAUCAAAGAAGAAUUAGACAUCAUGAUUUCCUAUUUGCCAGGCUCGAAGUUGCAGCAGGCAAGGACGGGUGAGGUGAGGGCCCCGUAGGCUAAAAGAGUAAAAUAAAUGGCAUAUGAGCAAAUGGAAGUCAAAAUAGCGCCGCUCUAUUCCCAACAACGGCGUUGUUUAGUUGCGUUUCUUACUUCGCCUGACGCGUUCUUAGAACGAGCCAUACAUGUAUACAUCAUUUCUAGUCUCCAUAUUUUGCUGCCUUGUUUUCUCAUGCUAUUAUUUUUUCUCUUACUUAAACAGUGACCUGUUUAUUUAGGUUUGCUACUUCGGUUGGCGUGGCUUAAGAACGAGCUAUGCAUGCAUGUAUUGUUGGCUUGUUUUCUUUUGUCAUUUCUUUCAAUUCCCCACCCCAUAGCAAUGGCGUUUUCAUUUGUGUUUGUUACUCUUCGUCUGGUGUGUUCUUUAGAACGCUCCAUACAUUCAUACACGCAUGUAUCAUUUGCCCUUUUCCUCAAAUGUUUUUUUCCCCUUUCUGUAUGUUAAUAUAAUUGGUCUGCCGUGAUUUUUUGAACGAAGUAUAUAUUAUUUGACUUUAACCCUUACUCGAUGAGAUAAAGUUUCACCUAUGAAGCCAGUAGUACGAUUCGUACGAAUAGACCAGGGUCCUUCUUUAAUGAGAUGCAUUUCGAUUUGCAACAGUUUGGAAAAAAACAAACAAACAUUCUUGAGUCCGAACUACUUUCAGAUGAAAGCGUAAAGGAAUUCACCGCGGAUAA